CCAAGCAGCCCACAGCUGGAGGAGCGCACCGAGCCAGAAGCACAACAGUGCUGCUGCCGAUGGAGCGGCAGCCGGAGGAGGAGGGGGAAGAAGAAGCUCACCUCACACCUCUGAGCUCCUCCACCAGGCGUGGGACACACCUCACCGGCCAGACCAACCUGAGACGUUAGACCACCAGGAUGGAUGCUGCACUGGUGCUUCUUGUCCUCCUGCUGCAUGGAUGUCAUCUGCUUCCAGUGCUAUCCCUGCAGAUGUGCGACGUGAUGAGCGAGAUCGAGCUGGAGCGGGAACGCUGCGAGAACAUUACAUCGGGGAAUGUCACUUCAGGUUGCCAAGGCAUGUGGGACAUCGUGGCCUGCUGGCCCUCGGCCGGCGUGGGGGAAGUGGUGACUAUAACGUGUCCCGCCUACUUCAGCUACUUCAGCGACCAGCACAAAGCAGGUAACCUCUCCAAGACGUGCACGGCAGACGGCUGGACCGAGAUGCACCCGGUGGACAUCGCCUUGAACUGCGGCUACAACGUCAACAGCACCAGCGACGACGGCAAGUUUUUUUGGCAAGUGAAGAUCGGCUACACCAUCGGCCACAGCGUCUCCCUCAUCUCCCUCACCACCGCCAUCGCCAUCCUCUGCAUCUUCAGGAAGCUGCACUGCACCAGGAACUACAUCCAUAUGCAUCUGUUUGUCUCCUUCAUCCUGAAGGCCAUCGCCGUCUUCAUCAAGGACGUCGUCCUCUACGAGGUCGGCGAGGUGGACAACUGCUCGUCGGGCUCGGUGGGCUGCAAGGCGGUGAUGGUGUUCUUCCAAUAUGGCGUCAUGGCCAGCUUCUUCUGGCUGCUGGUGGAAGGCCUCUACCUCCACGCCCUGCUGGCCGUCUCCUUCUUCUCGGAGAGGAAGUACUUCUGGGCGUACAUUCUCAUCGGCUGGGGGGGGCCGGCCAUCUUCAUCACUGCUUGGAGCGUCGCCAAAGCCUACUAUAACGAUAUCGGCUGCUGGGACAUCAUCGAGACCACCGACGUCUUCUGGUGGAUCAUCAAAACCCCCAUCCUGGCAUCCAUCCUGAUGAACUUCAUCCUCUUCAUCUGCAUCAUCCGAAUACUCCGCCAGAAGAUCACCUGCCCGGACAUCGGGAGGAACGAGUCCAACCAGUACUCGAGGCUGGCCAAGUCCACGCUGCUCCUGAUUCCUCUCUUCGGGAUCAACUUCAUCGUGUUUGCAUUCAUCCCCGAGCAGGUCAAGACGGAGCUCAGGCUCGUCUUCGAUUUGAUUCUGGGCUCCUUUCAGGGCUUUGUGGUGGCCGUGCUCUACUGCUUCCUCAAUGGAGAGGUGCAGGGCGAGAUGAAGAGGAAGUGGCGGCGUUGGCACCUGCAGCGCUACAUGGGCGGCGAAGGCAAAUACCAGCAGCCGUCCAUCGGCAGCAGCAACAACUUCAGCACGCAGAUCAGCAUGCUGACGCGCUGCAGCCCCAAAACGCGGCGCGCGUCCUCCUCCGGCCACGACGACCUGUCCUGCAUUUGAACUCCUCCGACCGCGGCGGCGUCUUCUUCACCGCCAUUUGACCAUCAACGUCUCCGCUUCCUCAUUCUCCUUUCUUUUUGCUGCUUCACUUUGCGAGCCAGUGUGUCCAAAGUGCGUCCCGGGGGCCUUUUACGGCACACGGCUUGCUUUGUUUGUGGCCCGUGGCGUAUUGUAACAGUGAAAUGAAUGAUAAAAUGGAGGACUACCAAACCAAACUUCGCCAGAAAAUGAGUUGAUAUGAGCUAGCUAACAAUCACUGGGACCUGUUUCGACUACGUAAGCCUUUGUGUUCCAUUUUAACCAUUAGUGUUUAGUCCGCCAAGCCAUGCGGCUAUGCUAACAACAAACAGCAGCCUACAUCGUAGCUUUGUGUUAUUGCUUUUGCUUUAAUGCUUGUUUUGCUAUUUUUGCUGCUGUUGUUUGUCACUUUUACAAAUUCUAUAUUUCAUUUUGGUUCAUAACACCGUGACUUUAUUCACAGAAUAUUUGGACUUUAUUUUAGUAAUAACCAAACUUUAUUCUUUGUUUUGUUACUCAUUUGGCAGAAAUUAUCAUAAUUUUUUCCCUCUUAGUUUUAUAACUUUAUACUUGUAAAUAUUUUAAUCAUAAGUUACAUCGUUUUGUUAAUAUUCUGACUUUAUUCUAAUAUUUCUACUUUAUUCUUGUGGUUUUUGUUAGUGUUCUUGUUUCAUUGUGUCAAGGUUCCGCUAAUGGCCCUCGGGCCGCACUUUGGACAGCCCUGGUAUAUUUUGGACCCCCAGGUAUUCGAGGCUUCAUGUUGUCGGACGCUCAGCCGCCUCCACAAAGUGAAAGAAACUACCUCAAGAACGAAAGAAGGACCAAUUGGACAUCUUUCAAACAUUUCACCCUGUUGCCAGGCAGAAUUGCUGGCAAAAAAAAACAAACAUAUGUCAUGUGACCAGGAUGGAAUGUACAGUAAAUAUUGCGGCAACCUGGGAUGGUGUCUGUCGCUGUUGGUUGUUGCUAUUCAACUGGAUGUUGUGUAUCAAGUACUUGACAUUUGUGUGUAAUACUGCUGUACUGGAUGUGUAUUCUCAGUGUGUGAUGGUUUUUCAUAUUAAAAAUGUCAGGAAACUCA